GGUGAGACGGUUGAGGGAAGGUGACGGAAAAUUUGAGAAAUAAAAACCGUUUGCGAGUGCGUAAAGGUAUGAGAUCUGGUUAGGGUAUUUGUAUUGUUAUUGCUCCUUGUCUCAAUUGAAAGGUUAAAGCCGGCAAAGCAUUGAAAAGUGAUUUACUCGGAGGAUUAACUCAGAAUUAUGGGUUCAAAAAGACAUAAUUCGAAGAGCACCGCUAAUUUAUUGCACUGGAGUUCUAUUCCACACUUUCGCGUUGUUCUUGUUCUCCUGCCCUUGUGCGCUGCAUUCAACUUGGACGUGGAGAACCCCUCUGUGUAUAGCGGACCACAAGGCAGUUAUUUCGGUUAUUCCGUGGAUUUUUACAUGCCCAAAUCUUCAAGUCUGAGUGUUGUGGUGGGAGCACCCAAAGCAAACACUAGCCAGCCCAACAUCACCGAGGGAGGCUCAGUGUUCUACUGUCCAUGGGAACAGAGCUGGACAGACUGCCGCAGCAUUGAGUUUGACAUCAAAGGGGAUCGCUCAGUCAAGCUGAAUGACACAGUACAUCAAGCAGAAUUCAAGUCCCGUCAGUGGUUUGGGGCCACGGUGCGUUCCCAUGAUAACAUGAUCCUGGCUUGUGCUCCACUGUAUUCCUGGAGGACAGGGCAGGAUGAGGCACACUCGGAUACCACUGGAUCCUGUUAUCUGUCUGUGGAAAACUUUACCAAGUUUGUUGAGUAUGCCCCUUGUCGAACAGAAUUCCAUGGGGAAAAGGGCCAAGGCUACUGUCAGGGAGGAUUUAGCGCUGAUUUUACCAAGGAUGGAAAGGUGGUUCUUGGAGGACCUGGUAGCUACUUUUGGCAAGGUCAGGUCAUCUCGGCAGUGAAGGAGGAGAUCAUCAAGGCUUACUACCCAGACUACUUCUUGACUAGUGUAACGGGCCAGAUUCAAACCAUGCAGAAAUCUUCAGUGACAAAUUUUGACGACAACUACAUGGGUUACUCUGUUGCUGUUGGCGAGUUCAGUGGUGAUGACCAGGAAGAUUUUGUGACUGGUAUUCCCAGAGGAGUCCGACUGCACGGGCAGGUGUCCAUACUAAAUGGCACACUACACUCUCUGAAGACCUUCACUGGAGAACAGAUGGGGUCCUAUUACGGUUACUCAUUAGCAACCACGGACAUCAACAGCGACGGGUUGAUGGACCUGCUGGUGGGUGCUCCCAUGUUCAUGGUGCGAGACUCAGACGGUCGUCUGGAGGAGCUUGGCCGGGUCUAUGUGUACCUGCAGAAAGGCCCUCUUGACCUCACACCCCAACUACCUCAGCUGACCGGAACCCAGGUGUUUGGGCGGUUCGGCAGCUCCAUCGCUCCCUUGGGGGACCUCAAUCAGGACGGUUUCAACGAUGUGGCCAUUAGCUGUCCAUUUGGUGGGGAGGACAAACAAGGACUGGUCCUAAUCUACAAUGGACAUGCUGGAGGUCUCAGGGACAAACCAUCUCAGGUGAUAUCAGGCCAGUGGGCCUCUGCAUCUCUGCCUGCCAGCUUUGGGUUUGCCCUGCGGGGGAACAAAGACUUGGAUGGCAAUGGUUAUCCAGAUCUCAUCGUGGGAGCAUUCGGAGCUGACAAAGCAAUCCUUUACCGGUCACGACCCAUAGUGAACACCAGUGCCACCUUAUCCAUCAACCCAACCAUGAUCAACCCAGAGGAGAAGACCUGCACGAUAAGCAAAGACAACGAGAGUAUGUCUGUGCCAUGUGUCAACCUGAGUUUCUGCCUCGCCGCCAGUGGGAAACACCUUCCAGAUAAUUUAGCAUUCAAUGUGGAGGUACAGUUGGACAGUCACAAGCAGAAACAGAAGGGAGCGGUAAGGAGGGCCCUAUUUCUGGACUCGGAGCAGCCCAGUCUUCAGAAGAGCAUGGUGGUGCCUAAAGGGGCCAGAGUCUGUCAUGACACCAAGAUUUAUCUACGGGAUGAGAAGGAGUUUAGGGAUAAGCUCUCCCCCAUUGUGGUAUCCGUGGACUUUGGUCUGAAUCCCCAUGCUGCUGCAGACAAACAUGGCCUGAGACCCAUCCUCAGCUACCAGACUGCUCAACUCAUCGAACAGAAGGCCCAGAUUUUGCUGGACUGCGGAGAUGACAACAUCUGUGUCCCCGACCUUAAACUGUCAGUGCAUGGAGACAGGAAGGAAGUGUACAUGGGUGAUGAAAACUCACUGACCCUGACCUUCAAUGCAAGGAAUGAUGGGGGAGGGGCAUACGAGGCCGAGCUGUACGUGGUCUUACCUCCUGAAGCUGACUACAGCGGAAUAGCCCGAAAUAACGAAAGUCUGGCCCAGCUGACCUGCAGCUAUGAAACAGAGAAUCAAACUCGUUACCUCAGCUGUGACUUGGGCAACCCCAUGAAAUCUGGCACCAGUCUGUUGGCAGGUCUACGCUUCACUGUACCGCGACUAAAAGACACACGCAAGGUCGUACAGUUUGAUUUACAGAUCCGCAGUAAGAAUGAGAAUAACUCUCAGAGUGAGGUUGUGUCGUAUAAGCUGGAGGUGGUAGUGCAUGCCGACGUUCUUCUACAGGGGGUCUCACGGCCAGACAAGGUCUUUUUCCCACCACAGAACUGGAAGGGAACCAAGAAUCUGGUGAUGGAGCAAGACGUCGGGCCUCCAGUCCAACAUGUCUAUGAAUUUUUGAACAAAGGGCCCAGUCGCAUCAGUCAUGCUUUGCUCAAGCUGAAAUGUCCUUUGAGUCUGCAAAUGUAUAACUUCAUGUACCUACUGGAGGUUAACACAGAAGGCCCUGUCAACUGCUCCUCCAACAAUGUAGUCAACCGCCGAAACCUCAGGAUCCAGCAGUCAUCCACAGAGCAGACACCCUUGGUAAGCUCAAGCCAAAAGCACCAUAUUGAGAGAAGGGAGACCCAUAAAGGCAUGCUGGCUGAACUGACCAACCUGUCUUGCUCCAAUGUUGAGUGCUGGACAUUGCAGUGUAAUGUUGGCCUAUUAGAGAAAGGGACCAGUGCCAUACUGAAAGUGCGCUCGCGGAUCUGGGCGGAGACAUUCAUUGAGAGAAAGUAUAAGAACUAUGUGUUGGAGUGUUUGGCCAGUUACACAGUGGAAAAGAUGCCCUAUGUCAUUUUACCCAAGGUGACUCCAAGAGGUGAAAAAAAGGUGGUCACACAGGUGGUGUGGAACAAGCCUGACAGUCAGUAUGCCGUCCCAUUAUGGAUCAUCAUCUUGGCCAUACUGGCUGGUCUUCUGCUCCUUGCGCUGCUCAUUUACGUCCUCUACAAACUUGGCUUCUUCAAGCGAACGCCAUACGGCACAGCCAUGGAAAAAGCCGAACUGAAGCCCCAAGCUGCAUCUGAAGCCUAAGAAGUGCAAAGAAAGAUUCUGAGAAGAGAAAUGGAGAAGAAUUGGCCCAGUGUUCUGUGGAAGGAUAAGAACUGUGUAAGGAACGCUAGACUGCAGUCAAAGGGUUGAGAUGAGAGAGACCACUGGAGCACCACUGCACUGCACUAGAAGAAAACACCCAAGGAACUCAAAGCCAAAUGAAUGUUAUUUUAUUUUAUUUUUAUUUUUACUUUAUUUUAUUGUGUUUUAUUUUGUGUUUAUUUUGUUGUG